CUGAGCCUCGGCACGAACAGCCACAGCCCCAGCUUUCCCGUGCCCCUCACGGCGCUCCCGCCAUUGCCGUCCCUCAGAGCCCGCUCCCUCCGCGGCACCGCGCAGGCGCCUCAAUCGAGCACCGAUGGCUCGGUGAGGCGGCGCCGCUCAGCGGCCCGGCCUGAACUGCCAGGCGGUUCAGCCGAGCGCCGAGCGGGGCCGGGCAGGAAGCGGCGGUGACGGGCACGGCCCGGCGGACACGCUCCGUCCCCCUCUCCUCCUUCUCCUCCUCCUCCUCCUCGUUCCUCCCCGCCCGGGCCCCGCGGACGUGGCCCGCUGCCGCCGGCCGGCACCAGGUGCUGGAUGCCAUCGAGCAGCACUCGUACUUGCGUGGGAAGGAGAAGGAAGGAGGACACGAGAGUAGGAGAUUCUGGAGGGCUGGGACAGGACAAUGCUGCUGGAAGGAAUGUGAGCCACGGAGCAUGGUUGGUGCCACAGCUAUCCAGGUGCUGAGAGCUGUCUGCAAAGGGCUUUGUGGAUGAGGGCAGGAGUUGGCUGGGACUGGAGAGCACAGAGAGUUCCUGACACGCCUCACCAUGCGCAAAGGGGUGCCAAAGGACCCGGAGAUUGCUGACCUCUUCUACAAGGAUGAUCCUGAGGAAAUCUUCGUGGGCUUGCACGAAAUUGGACAUGGAAGCUUUGGAGCAGUUUACUUUGCUACGAAUUCCCACACUAAUGAGGUGGUGGCAGUCAAGAAGAUGUCCUACAGUGGAAAGCAAACAAAUGAGAAAUGGCAGGAUAUCAUCAAAGAAGUCAAGUUUCUGCAGCAGCUGAAGCACCCCAACACCAUAGAGUACAAGGGCUGUUACCUGAAGGAGCACACAGCAUGGUUGGUUAUGGAGUACUGUUUAGGAUCAGCUUCUGAUUUACUAGAAGUUCACAAGAAGCCACUCCAGGAAGUGGAGAUUGCUGCCAUCACCCACGGUGCCUUGCAGGGGCUGGCCUACCUGCACUCCCACUGUAGGAUCCACAGGGAUAUUAAAGCUGGAAAUAUUCUUCUAACAGAACCAGGUCAAGUGAAACUCGCUGAUUUUGGGUCUGCAUCUAUAGUGUCCCCUGCCAACUCUUUUGUGGGAACGCCUUACUGGAUGGCACCAGAGGUGAUCCUGGCGAUGGACGAGGGGCAGUACGAUGGCAAGGUGGAUGUUUGGUCCCUGGGGAUCACAUGCAUCGAGUUAGCUGAAAGGAAGCCUCCACUUUUCAACAUGAAUGCAAUGAGUGCCUUAUAUCACAUAGCCCAGAACGAUUCCCCUAGGUUACAAUCAAAUGAAUGGACAGACUCCUUUAGGGGAUUUGUUGAUUACUGCUUACAGAAAAUACCUCAGGAAAGGCCAUCAUCAACAGAUUUGUUACGGCACGAUUUUGUCCGCCGGGAGCGGCCGCCCAGGGUGCUCCUCGACCUGAUCCAGAGGACCAAGGAUGCAGUGAGGGAGCUGGACAACCUGCAGUACCGGAAAAUGAAGAAAAUCCUCUUCCAGGAGACCCGGAAUGGCCCCCUGAACGAGUCCCAGGAGGAGGAGGAGGACAGUGAGCAUGGAUCAAACCUGAGUAGGAAGAUGGACAGUCUGGGCAGCAACCAUUCCAUCCCCAGCAUGUCUGUGAGCACAGGCAGCCAGAGCAGCAGUGUGAGCAGCAUGCAGGAGGUCCUGGAUGAGAGCAGCCCUGAGCUGGUCAUGAUGCAUAGUGACGAGAGCACCAUUAAUUCCACCUCCUCCGUUGUUCACAAGAAGGAUCAUGUAUUUAUAAGGGAUGAGGUGGGCCACAGGGAUCGCAGGCCUGAGGUGCGGCCUACCCAGUCAGUGCAGAAUCAGGCCCUCCACUACCGGAACCGAGAGCGCUUUGCCACAAUCAAAUCAGCAUCUUUGGUUACAAGACAGAUCCAUGAGCAUGAGCAGGAGAACGAGCUGCGGGAACAGAUGUCAGGAUAUAAGCGGAUGCGGCGCCAGCACCAGAAGCAGCUGAUCGCCCUGGAGAACAAGUUGAAGGCCGAGAUGGACGAGCACCGCCUCAAGCUGCAGAAGGAGGUGGAGACACACGCCAACAACUCGUCCAUUGAGCUGGAGAAGCUGGCCAAGAAGCAAGUGGCUGUGAUGGAGAAGGAGGCAAAGGCAGCUGCAGCAGAUGAAAAGAGAUUCCAGCAACAGAUUUUGGCUCAGCAAAAGAAAGACCUGGCGACCUUUUUAGAAAGUCAGAAGAAACAAUACAAGCUUUGCAAGGAAAAGAUUAAAGAGGAAAUGAAUGAGGACCACAGCACACCCAAGAAAGAGAAGCAAGAAAGGAUAUCCAAACACAAAGAGAACCUGCAGCACACACAGGCUGAAGAGGAGGCCCAGCUUCUCAGCCAGCAGAGACUCUACUACGACAAAAACUGCCGAUCCUUCAAGAGAAAAACGAUGAUCAAGAGGCACGAGAUGGAGCAGCAGAACAUUCGGGAAGAGCUGAACAAGAAGCGGACGCAGAAGGAGAUGGAGCACGCCAUGCUGAUCCGGCACGACGAGUCCACGCGGGAGCUGGAGUACCGGCAGCUGCACACGCUGCAGAAGCUGCGCAUGGACCUGAUCCGCCUGCAGCACCAGACUGAGCUCGAGAACCAGCUGGAGUACAACAAGCGGCGCGAGCGGGAGCUGCACAGGAAGCACUUCAUGGAGCUCCGGCAGCAACCAAAGAACCUGAAGGCUAUGGAAAUGCAGAUCAAAAAGCAGUUCCAGGACACAUGCAAAGUGCAAACUAAGCAGUACAAAGCACUGAAGAAUCACCAGCUGGAAGUAACUCCAAAGAGUGAGCACAAGACAAUUCUGAAGAGCCUGAAGGACGAGCAGACACGGAAGCUCGCCAUCCUGGCCGAGCAGUACGAGCAGAGCAUCAAUGAGAUGAUGGCCUCGCAGGCGCUCCGGCUGGACGAGGCCCAGGAAGCAGAAUGCCAAGCCCUGAGACUGCAACUCCAGCAGGAGAUGGAGCUGCUCAACGCCUACCAGAGCAAAAUAAAGAUGCAGACAGAAGCACAGCAUGAAAGGGAACUCCAGAAGCUGGAGCAACGGGUGUCGCUGCGCAGGGCACACCUGGAACAGAAGAUCGAGGAGGAGCUCGCCGCCCUGCAGAGGAUAUCUGUGGGAGAGGAUCGUCUGUGGACAGGCAGAGCUGAGCGGAUUGGGCGUUUGACAUGGAGAUGCCUUGCGGGGGUUUGGGAAUUUGGUCACAUUAGAGUAUCCCAAGGAGGACUAUAGAUGAGGUUAAAUUUCUUUGCCAUUUAAAAACAAAACAAAACAAAAAAACAAAACAAAAACCACAGAAAGCAAACCAAGUAAGGAUAAAACUUGCAAACCCAACAUUCCCCAUGUUGACGGGCGUGCUCUCUCUCUUUCUGUCUCUCUUACUGACAUCGUGUCGGACCAGUGCCUGUAUAUUCUUAUCCAUCAGGGGCCCCUUUCCCCCGUCACGUCCCGGUGCAGGACAGCUCCUGGCAGUCUUUUCCAUAGUAUGUCACAGUAUUGAUGUCUCUGUGCAAUGAUUAAAAAUGUUUCAGUGAAAACUUUGGAGACAAUUUUAAUGGAGAAAAAAAAAUAUAUAUAAAAAAAAAAGCCACCAAGUGGAUGUAUGUUGCUUCUAAGCAAUCACUCAUUUUACCACCAAUCAAUGAAAGUACAAGCAAAAAAAUAUUAAUAAUUAAAAGAUAUCUACGAUCCCAGGGGGAGAGAGACUGAAUCCGCAGCCUUACCUUAACUAGCUGCUGCAUAAUUUUAUUUUAUUUUUAUUUUUUUGGUAUUUAUUCAUCAGGAAUAAUUAAAUAAUAAAAAAAAAGUUUUAUUAAAGAUUGAAAAAAAAAUUUGAUACAUUUUACAGAAAAAAAAACUUAAUCGUGCUGUACAUAUCAGUGGUGACAUAUUAUUACUUUUUUGGGGGUGGGGAGGGGAGGGUGACGACGUGGUGAUUUUUAGGAGAACCAUGCCAGGGGCAGCAGGGACAAGCCCUGGCCCCUGGGCAUAUUCUUGAUUGUAUCAUAAAUCAUUUUCUGCUGUCGCAGAGAAUGUGAAUACACUUAAAUGAGCCCACAGGAUCCCAGUAGCACAAAUUGGGCUUUGUCAAAUCGUGUAUUUUGUGUAUAGAAGGAAUUUAAGGAGAGCUUUUACUUAUUUUCAUAUUGUAUUUUAACUGUUUCUCUGAUCAAAAAUUUUUUUACUUCUUUCCCCCCCUCCCUUCCUGCUCCAGCCACCCCCCACUCUCCAGUUCUGUUCUGGAGCUCAACACUGUCUGUUAGAUCAUCCCAGCCCUUUUCAGUUUUUCUUUUAUUUGUUUUUUUUUGGGGGGUUUUUUUUUGUUCCUCCCCCAAGUCCACCCCCAACCCCAUGAUCUUGGUCAUAAAUAUUGCAUUAUUCACACUUUCAAACUGUGUAUUUUCUUACAAUAAAAAGAGAAAAAAAAAAGGCUUUACUUCUUUUGCAUGCACUUUAAAAAAAAAACCAACAAAAAAAAGGACAAAAAAACCAACAAAACAACAAAAACAUUUUUCAGGUUCCAGGGAAGAGCAUGAAUAACUGUCAGAGCUUUUAAUUAUAUUUGUAAAUAAAAGUGUUCAUCACAA